AUGAGGACAGCUUGGCCAGAAAUGGAACUCACCCAGCUUUCGCCCGUGACUGCAGUCACUUUCAACAUUGAUGACUACUACUACUACGAUGACAACUGCCAGUAUCAGCAUCUGCAACAUAUGGCUACUUUCCUUCCUAUCCUAUACACUGCUGUGUUCCUGGUGGGCAUUGUUGGCAACUCCAUCUUGAUAGCAGCCUUGGUCUUCAAGCGACGGGUCCAGAGGCUGAUCGAUGUCUUCAUCAUCAACCUCGCUGCUUCUGACUUCAUCUUCCUCAUCACGCUGCCAUUCUGGGUGGACAAGGAGGUGUCAGAUGGGAGCUGGAGGGUAGGAUCUUUCCUCUGUAAAGCCAGUUCCUAUGUCAUCUCAGUCAACAUGUACUGCAGCAUCCUCCUCCUCACUUGUAUGAGUGCUGACCGGUACCUUGCGAUCAUGCAUCCCUCUAUCGCCAGACGGGUCAGAACAAGAUCCUAUUCCAGUGGACUCUGCAUCUGUGUCUGGUUAUUAUCCUGCUGCUUAGGGAUGCCAACUCUUUUGUCCAGAGAACUGAAGAAGCAAUACGGAAAGACUUACUGCACAGACAAAGCUGUGACAGAAAGCAAACAGGUCGUAUCACUGAUGCUUUUAAUCCUGGCCUUCUUCUUCCCACUGUUGAGUAUCUUAACCUUUUACUGCUCCAUCACCAAGAGACUCUGUGUGCAUUAUCAGAGAGUGGGGAAACAUGAUAAGAAACUGAGAAAAUCCAUCAAGAUCGUCUUCAUUGUAGUGGCGGCUUUUGUUAUCUCCUGGGUUCCCUUCAAUCUUUUCAAGCUUAUGGCCAUUCUUUUGGGACUCCUGAAGCAGACCGACUGUUUUCCUGACAUGAUUGCCCAGCUGGGCAUGCAGGUGAGCAGCCCUUUUGCUUUUGCCAAUAGCUGUGCCAACCCUUUCAUUUACUAUUGCUUUGACAACUACAUCCGCAGAGCCAUGCUCCGGUGCCUGUGCCCAUGGGUGAAAAUCAGCAGCAGUGGCAACAACUCAGAUACUCUGGACACUCGCCUGAGCCACUCCUUAUCCAAUUUUGUUGCGGGGGAGUAUGCCGCUAGGAAGAGGAAGCGCUCUGUUUCUCUCUGACUGGGAGCCAGGACUGCGGAAGAAGGAACUUCUCUCUCCAAAGAUGGCAGGAAAAGAAAAAAGCGAGAGAAGCUGAAAAAAAGAAACAAGCGACAGAGACAGAGGUGCAAGUGUAAUCCAGCUGGCACUUCAGGUGGGAGGAAAGCUGCUUCCCUUUAAAUGUAGAUAAAUGGAAUAGGAAACCUUAACCACUGAAUUAUGGUUCACAGUGAUCGCCAUGUCACUGCAUGGUGUAAAUCUGAAACCAUUGUACCGAGAAACAUCCACAAAGGCUUACACUGGAACCCCAGUGCAAGUGCUACAAACUACAGAAAAGAACCAUGUGAUUCAGUCAAAGCUGU